CCGGGCAGCUGCGGACCGCGCACACUAGCCGGGCUGGGGAGCGCGCUGGAGCGGCUUCUGGGAAACUCUCAGCGCCCCGGGGACUUCGGAAAGAAGAUCACGAGGAGCCCCACGCGUGCAAGUGUGCCGGAGAGAGCGCAACGCCCAGCACCUGUUCCUCGGCCACUCCGCACUCCCCACCCCACGCCUCUUGGACCCGCGCCCGCCGUGCGCUCGUCCGUGCCCACCAUGAAUCCCGCGCUGGGUAACCAGACAGACGUGGCGGGCCUGUUCCUGGCCAACAGCAGUGAAGCGCUGGAGCGCGCGAUGCGCUGCUGCACCCAGGCGUCGGUGGUGACCGACGACGGCUUCGCCGAGGGCGGCCCCGACGAGCGCAGCCUGUACAUCAUGCGGGUGGUGCAGAUCGCAGUCAUGUGCGUGCUCUCGCUCACCGUGGUCUUCGGCAUCUUCUUCCUCGGCUGCAAUCUGCUCAUCAAGUCCGAAGGCAUGAUCAACUUCCUGGUGAAGGACCGGAGACCGUCCAAAGAGGUGGAGGCGGUGGUCGUGGGGCCUUACUGACCGGGCUUGUGGCCCCGGCAGCGGGAGUCCCCAGGCCUGCCCUCCCAGCCUUCAUUGCGCCCCUCGCCAUCCAAGACCGGGCGAAACAAACCUGUCGGAGUCAAUUGUUUCUCUCCACUUGUGCUUUUCUCGCCCGCCCUCUGAAAGUCCCCUUAACAGGCUGUGAAAAGGGAGAGAGCGCCCCGACUUCUCAGCUCCGCAGCAGGUGGCAAAGAGGGCGAUCUGGGUGCGCUGAACUUUGGAAGCUACUGCUGGCAUGGGAUACGGGGAGACCCACUGGCCGAAGGCCCUUCUCCACCCGCAGGUGGGCCAAGCACUGGGGCGGCUGGAGAGGGCGGGCAGGGCAGAGACCCAUUGGCACCCAUGGCAGGUGACCAGAAAAGUGACCUGUUUAUACGCCACCCCACAGACUUUUGGGGGACACACGAAUCCAUGUAUGUGGAUUCUCAUCCAUUACUCCAUGCCCCCACCCCAGUCCUGGUGGGGAGAGUUGAUAUCUUUGAUGGAUUGUAGUGUGUCGUUUUAAGGGAUGUUGUGUUAGUUUGCUUGAAUACACUGUUUGAUAAAUCUUUUAGUGGCCUGUUAGACUGCUUGGGGGGUUAGAGUUUUGUCGUCCUGGGAGAAGGGGUGGGGGAGGGGAGGGGAAGCCUGCGAAUGUGAAUGAGUUUCUUUCUGUGCAUUUCUUCCUGGGUCUUUUAGGGAGCUAGAGGGUCCCGGACUAAGACCCAACAUAGAAUUCGUAGCUCGUGACUGCACGAUUUACGCCACAAAAGUGCUCUUGAUAUACGUGACACCGUUUUGACUUCUGUUUUUCUUAUUUAACGUUUCCUUAAUAAAUGCAACAGUGAAGUGUUUUG